UCCCUCCUCCUCCGGCAGCAGCAGCAGCAGCUCUGUACGCGCUUCAAAUUUGGGAGUCGCUCCGAACUUGUCCCGUUUCUUUCGUUGUUUUCCACCAGAUUGUUUGGGUUUUUUUUAAAGCGAUAAACAGGUUUUAAUAUUUUAGAAGUGUCCGCACAGGGGCGGCUCUCCAACGGGAAGAAUUCUUGUGUUUUUUACGCCUUCAGUUCAAGAGCAGCGGGGGAGAAAUGUCCAGCUGAGAACUAGAAAUCUUGAAAUCCACGGGGCCUGUUGUUCUAAUGAUUGAUCAAUGCUGCCACAAUGGCGUCAAAGGCACAGGUUUUAUAUGACUUCACAGCUGAGGCUGGAAACAAUGAGCUGACAGUGAGAGAAGGCGAGACAGUUACCAUCACGAAUCAGGGCAUCGGAGGAGGCUGGAUCGAAGCACAGAACUCCAGAGGGGAGAUCGGACUGGUGCCUGAAGAUUACAUCGAAUUCAGUAAGCAGUUUCCCGUUUCCUUCCACGGAGCAGGGACCACAGCACCUAGUUCAAAUGCAGGAAAUGUUGGAUCAGCGGACCUGUCUUUCUUCGACGCAUAUGCACCUGCAUCAGCACCUGCACAAAACCAGGUGGAUACUGGGGACUUGAGUCCCCAGCCCGACACCCCCGAUACCCCAGUUUCCCCCUUCCUUUCGUCCCCUGAGGAGGCCAGUAACGGUAAUGAUCCCUGGUCGGCGUGGAAUGCAGACCCUUCGGGAGGCUCAAACAACAACAACUGGGCUUCUAACCCGGAGGGCACCCAGACUGGGAAGAGUGCUCCCGACCCCUGGGGCUCGGUGUCACAGGGCCAGUCUCAGGGGUACCAGGGCCCAGGGGCCGAGGAUGAUGAGUGGGAAGAUGAGUGGGAUGACAUGAAGUCCACUGGUGGUUACCCAGAAUCCGAAUCUGGAGAGGGUGGAGCAAUGCAGAGAGGUGGAGCACAUGGGUCCUCAAUGAAAAUAUCCCUAAACAACAGGUUUCCAGGGUUCUCCAAGUCCGGUCCAGAACUCUACCUCCUUUGCAAGCAGCUUGUAAAAGGCAAAGAAAAGCUCUCAAUUUAUGUGGGAGAGGUUGGUCCAGUGUGGUCUUACCCAGAAAGCCAGCUAGACUGCGUUGUAGCUGAUCCCAAGAAAGGCUCCAAAUUGUACGGUCUUAAGAGCUACAUUGAAUACCAAAUAACACCCAAUACCACGAACCGGCCAGUCAAUCACAGAUACAAGCACUUUGAUUGGCUGUACGAGAGGCUCCUGGACAAGUUUGGCUCGGCCAUCCCCAUCCCGUCUCUACCAGACAAACAGGUGACAGGACGUUUCGAGGAAGAGUUUAUUAAGAUGCGUAUGGAGCGGCUGCAGGGCUGGAUGACCAGGAUGUGCAGGCAUCCCAUCGUUUCCAGCAGUGACGUGUUUCAGCUCUUCCUCACAUACAGGGAUGAGAAGGACUGGAAGAUGGGGAAACGAAAAGCAGAAAAAGACGAAACAGUCGGCGUGAUGAUCUUCGCCACGAUAGAGCCCGAAGCUGCAGAUCUGGAUCUUGUAGAAGUGGAACAGAAGUGCGAACAGUUCAGCAGGUUUACCAAAUCCAUGGACGACGGCGUGAAGGAAAUCCUCACAGUGGGAAACGAGCACUGGAAGAGAUGCACGGGACCGCUGCCAAAAGAGUACCAGAGAAUCGGAAAAGCUUUCCAAAACCUCUCCUCUGUCUUCACCAGCAGUGGAUACCAAGGUGAGGCCACUCUGACUGACGCUUUGACAGCAGCGGGGAAGACGUACGAAGAGAUAGCCGGGCUGGUGGCAGAGCAGCCUAGAAAAGACCUGCACUUCCUCAUGGAGACCAACAAUGAAUAUAAAGGCCUUCUUGGAUGUUUCCCAGACACUAUCGGAGUCCAUAAGGCAGCCAUAGACAAGGUGAAGGAGGCUGACAAGCUGGUGGCUACCAACAAAAUUACCCCUCAGGACAAAGUGACCAUGGCGAAACGCGCCAGCACCAUGUCUUACGCAUUGCAAGCGGAGAUGAACCACUUCCAUAGCAACCGUAUCUAUGACUACAACAGGGUCAUGCAGUUGUACUUGGAGGAGCAAGUGAAGUUUUACGAGACGAUUGCUGCAAAGCUGAGACAAGCACACAGUCAGUUCACUACAAUGUGAAGGCAGUCUCGCACUACAAGAUGGGAGGAUAAACCAGAUCAGCAUCUUUUUUUUUUUUCCUUCUUCUUCUUCUUUUGCUUAUGUUGCAUUCUUUACUAUACUUUUAAUUUAAAUUUCGCUUUUUUCACUUUCUGACCUUAUUUCUUAUUCCACUGCCCGUCCCAACAGCCCCAGCUUAUGGUAGUUGUUUCGUCCGUUGCUCUCGCAGGUUCAUGCACACAUAUGUGUGUGAGAGCUGAAAAGGCUGGCCACUAGUGGUUUUCAGGAACAGCAACACGUGAUGCUUGAUUUACAUCCAGCCUUUCCUCUGUCCAAGGUCCACCGCUUGUAACACAGGAAGUUACCAUCCUCGUAGCACUCGGAGCAGCCAGGAUUUGGUUCAUUGCAGGAGUUAAACUGUGGUGCAUCUUUUACAGAUGAUUGUUUUAAAGCAAUACUCUGCAGUUUUUCAGUCUUGCAUGUAAAAAAAAAAAAAUGGUUCCGCAAAUACGGAAGCGCUGUAAUCUGCACGGCAGCGUCGCGAUGCGCUCACACCACAAAACCAAAGCUGUAUUCUGCUUUAUCAUUAGGAGCAGCCAGGGAGUUCAUUUGUAAAAGAAUAAAAGCUUUACUGUCUACGUCUCAGCAAUUAACAGAUUUAUUUGACAGUGUAUUUUUUAUCUUUUUGGCUUCUAUAAACACUAUUAAUGUUCACCGGCUUUGUGAGUAGAAGCAGAGUUUCAUUCCUCCCGAGGUUUUGGUCUUGGAGGAGUAGUCGGAGGCGGAGUGUGUCCACUGCUGGCAGUGCCUUAACACCUCUUCAUGCUGCACUUCCUCAAAAAAGCUAACACAGGAAGCUCCACCUUUUUCCUGGCUGAUCCACAUUCGUUUGCCUCUUUUGAAAAACUAGCAAAACCUUAGAUUUGCCCCCACCACCACCCCCCGCCAUGUCCACAUGCCAUGAAACUGCAGUUUACAUAUCGGGGGACAAAUACAGAGUGAGAGAAUAAGAACCCGGUUUGUUUGUUUCUUCUGAAAGUCGAUAAAUCAAAUCUCUCUCUUGUGCGCACACAAAGAUUUAUUAUUUUUUCUUUGACAUGAAGUUGUAACUACGAGUGUUGACAGUCGUGCAUUAUGACAUAUAUGAAGUUUUCUUUCUUCCUUUUUUUCACUGCCCAGUUUUCAAUCAGCCUCUAAUCUUUUUCACUCUUCGUUUUUUCUUAUCACUUGAUACAUAAAAAUAUAUAUAAUUAUAUAUAUAUAUAUAAAUACAUAUAAAAAAUUAUUCUAUUUGACCUAUUAGGUGCUUCUUGUCAUUAAGAUAAUGUUUUAUGUAUAGAAGUAUUUGCUAUAUGACACCAUUUGAAAGAGAAGCACAGAAAUUUGUUUGAUUUAUUAAACAAUGAUUUGUAUUCA